AUGGCGUCGGUUUUAGCUAUGGGAAUUAAGAGAAUAAAACCUGCUUUUCUCACAGGAGACUUACCCAUCAAGGCUCCUGAGUCUGUAUCCACUAUAAUUACAGCAGAAUCAAUCUUUUAUAAGGGUGUAUACUAUCAAAUUGGAGAUGUUGUUUCAGUGAUCGAUGAGCAGGAUGGGAAAACAUACUAUGCUCAGAUCCGCGGGUUUAUUCAGGACCAAUACUGUGAAAAAAGUGCUGCACUAACCUGGCUCAUCCCUACGCAGGCCAGCCCCAAAGAUUGCUUUGACCCAGCAUCCUAUAUCAUAGGACCAGAAGAAGAUCUCCCAAGAAAAAUGGAAUAUUUAGAAUUUGUUUGUCAUGCACCUUCAGAAUAUUUCAAAUCCCGAUCAUCUCCCUUCCCUACUGUACCUACAAGACCAGAGAAGGGCUAUAUAUGGACUCAUGUGGGACCUACUCCUGCAAUCUCCAUUAAAGAAACUGUUGCAAAUAAUUUAUAAUUUUUUUAAGAAAUACUUUUGACAAGUUAUUUUGGGUGUGUUCUCAGGUCUGUGAACACCAUGCAAGAAGUUUAAAAAAAUUAUAAAAUAUUCAUUUUACUUUAUGGAUUAUGGUAUUUAUUUUAAAUUAUAGCAGAUCUUCAAAGUGGAAGUUUUCUUUCCAUUUGAUGCGUCAUUUCUGUGUCCUGUUCUUUAGACAUUAUUGCUCAUUUUGGGACAAAGCCACAACUCUCAAGUCAUCUUCGA